AUGCUGAAUCCUUGGCCUGAACCCAAACUUAAAUUGAAUGAUAACAAUCUAUUACCAUUACCAGACGAAGAAGUUGUUAGUGAAGACGAACUUGAAGCACCAUCUCGGGAUGAUCUCGAUACAGAUUCUGAAGAUGGUCACGAUAAUAAAAUUGAAGUCAAUGCUAGCAUGUCACUUGACGAUACUAUUAUUGAUCAUGAAAUAGAAGCAUACGAACAAGAUACUGAUAAGAUUGAAACACUAUGUACAUUUUUAGAAAAAUAUAAACCGACCAAGGAAUGUAUUGAAAAACGUGAAACAAUCUUAAAUUAUCUUGAAACAGGAUUUCGAAAAAAAUAUCCCAAUUGUAGUGUACGUGCAUAUGGUUCAUUCUAUAAUGGUUUUGGUUUUCAGCUAAGCGAUCUCGACACAUGCGAUAUCGGUGAUGCAAGUCAUGGAACACUCUCAAGCUAUGCAUAUAUUAUUAUGGUGAUACACUUUCUUCAACAAAUUCAACCACCUGUUGUACCCAUUCUGCAGCAAUUGAAUGACAAUCAAUCAACUAACACUUCGAAUGUUCGAAAAUAUGCUGAUUGGAAUAUUUACUUCUAUGAUGAUUUAACUCAACUUAAUAAAGUAUGGAACGGUUACGGAUUGAACAAAUUAUCAUCAGGUGAAUUAUGGAUUGAAUUGUUACGUUAUUAUACAGAACUAUUUGAUUAUGAAAAAAAUAUUGUCACUAUUCGACAAUAUGAACCAUUAUCACGUUUGGAAAAAGGAUGGUUUCGUCAAACUAUUGCUAUUGAAGAUCCAUUUAUUUUGACUCAUAAUUUAGCUGAUGCAUUGUUUCUGAAAAGUAAGUACUAA